GCACAAACAGUAAACAAGAGGCCGUGCGCAUGACGCGCUUGAAUUUAUAAAAGAAGACGUACGCACGUUUACCAUUCCGCUGCUUCACCUUAACCUCUGACGCGUCGACAAGCGUUGCGACCGACUUUUUAUUUUGCGAGAAACGCGAUGGCGAACGUCGUAAAACAGGUUGGCGAGUACAAGCUGGGCGCCCUGAUAAUCGAGGGCAAAACGAAACAGGUUUACGACCUGCCGUCGGAGCCCGAGCACUGCGUCCUGCUGAGCAAGGACCGGAUCACUGCCGGGGAUGGAGUCAAGGCGCACGACUUGAAGGGAAAAUCCAUCGUGUCGAACAAAACGACAUGCAAAGUGUUCGAAAUACUCAACUCGGUGGGUAUAAAAACGUCGUUCGUUAGGCAGGCGACCGAGAAUGCGUUCGUCUCGAAGAAAUGCCAAAUGAUACCGAUCGAGUGGGUCACGCGGCGCCUCGCCACCGGCUCAUUCCUCAAGCGACACCCGGGCGUGAAAGAGGGCUACCGUUUCAGCCCCGUCAAGCACGAAACAUUUUUCAAAGACGACGCUAACCACGACCCCCAGUGGUCCGAGGAGCAAAUAAUCAGCGCCGGGUUCGAACUCAACGGACUGCUGAUUGGCGAGAACGAAGUCGACUACAUGACGAGGGUUUCGAUUUUGGUGUUCGAAGUGCUCGAGAAGGUGUGGCAGACGCGGAACUGCGCCCUGAUCGACAUGAAGAUCGAGUUCGGUGUCGAUAACGACGGCGAUAUCUUGGUCGCCGACGUCAUUGAUUCGGACAGCUGGCGACUGUGGCCUUCGGGCGACAAACGUUUGAUGGUCGACAAACAGGUGUACCGAAACCUGACGACUGUGACGCAGUCUGAUUUGGACACUGUCAAGCGCAAUUUCGAGUGGAUCGCCGACCAACUCGAUCACCUGUUGCCACCGAACGAUCACCUGGUGGUGAUCAUCAUGGGUAGCCCGAGCGACAAGGACCACUGCCAAAAGAUAAGGAAAUAUUGUGAGGACUUGGGGUUAAACGUCGAGGUUAGGGUGUCGUCCGCGCAUAAGACGACUCAAGGCACGCUGAAAAUCGUUAGCCAUUACGAGUCGUUAAACGUCAAGGUCGUGUUUAUUGCGGUCGCCGGCAGAUCAAACGGAUUGGGGCCGGUCAUAUCGGGAAACACAGAUUUUCCGGUCAUCAAUUGCCCGCCCACGACCAAAGAUGACGUCGACCGGGAUAUAUGGUCGAGCCUGAACGUGCCCAGCGGUUUGGGUUGCAGCACUGUCCUUUAUCCCGAGACGGCAGCCCUGUGUGCCGCUCAAAGCAUCGCAUUAUCAAAUUACGUAAUAUGGGCGCGACUUCGCUCGCGGAGACUGGUUAAUUAUAAGAGCCUCCCGAAAGCCGACGCGGAGUUUAAAAAUAAAUAGAAAUAGUUUUAAAUAGUAAUAUACUUCACUUGUUUUGUAUUAAAUAAAAAAUAUUUUACGUAACCGUACUUUUCUCACCGCAAGACGGAGAACAUUGAAAUAUAAU